AUGGUUAAAGGACGAAAUACUACUGCUACUCAUAAUAUUACUGAGGAUUCUAUGGAUGAUUUUGUUGGUGAUGAACCUGGUUCUCCAUAUACAUCUGGAACCGAUAGAAAACGUAGACGUGGAGUAAUUGAAAAACGAAGACGUGAUCGAAUCAAUUGUAGUCUAGCAGAUCUUAAACGUUUGGUACCAGAUUCAAAUCAUAAACCUGGCUCAGCCAAAUUGGAAAAAGCUGAAAUUCUUCAACUUACAGUUGAAUUUUUGCAGAGACUUCAUAAAGAAGGUUACAUACUUAGUUCAGAAGCUCGUUCCAUUGAAUUACGUCGUAUUGGAUUUAAAGAUUGUCUUUUAGAAGUAACUCGUCUGUUAUCCACAUAUGAUGGUAUCAAUAUAUCUAGUCAAGAAUUAAGUCGACAUUUAUUAAAUCAUUUGCAUCAAUGUGAAAAACAAAGAGAUUUAGAAAAAAAAACUUAUUUAGCUAAUAUUGCUUCCGUAGCUAAUGCAAUGUACUCGAAAAUGAAUACAUCUAAUUCAAGUACUACUUCUUCUACUACUGCUACUACUACCACUUCUACUACUAGCCAACAAUAUCAAUCACAGUCUCAGCCCUAUUUAUACACCCAUCAUCAAUACAAUAUAAAUCAUAAUAAUAAUAAUAAUAGUUCAAAUCCAUUAAAAUCAAAAUAUCCCAAAUACAAUUCACGUGUCAAUGAACAGCUGGAAGUGUUCGAUAAGCAUUCAACUAAUCUUUCGCUGACAAAUAACUCUGUAAAUCCUAUACAAUCAAAUAUUCAUCAUCAAAAUGACACUUAUUAUACUUCAUUAACAUGUCCAACUAGUAAUCGUCAUUAUACACCUUAUCAAUCAGUGGAUUGUCAAGGGAAUGAUCAACAAAUUUCUCAAAAAUCACCAUAUAAAACAGACGAUCGAUAUACGGAACAAUUAACGAAUUAUUAUUUACAAACAACCAAUACAUUUUAUCCAAAUUAUAUGUAUGGGGAACAAUGGAAUAAGCAAUGCCCAUAUACUACCACUUCAUAUUUGUCAGCUUCCACAACUACAACUACUGUGAGUGAAUCGAAUUAUUUCAAUACAAAUUUUCAUGCUUUCACUAAUUUCUCCAAUCCAAUGUAUUCUAAUGUAAAUACUAUUCAUAAUAAUAAUAGUAAUAUUGCCAAUUCACAAUUAUCUACUGGUCUUGGUCCAAAUGAAAGUCAAUCAACAUCAUCUCCACCGUUUCGUUCAACACCAGAAGAUUCCGAGAUUGGUUUUAGUCCACAUUUAAAAAUUAAUUUAUCCAAUAUUACUACUGGGAAUGACGAUAUUGAUGAGGAGUGUAAUUAUUACAAUCGUGAGUGUACAGGAGGAGGAUUUAUGACGUCAACAACCACAACAGCGACAACAACAGCAACCACUGUCUCUUCAUCUAAUAUGACUGAUGCCUCAGUGAAGUCAGCUAAUCAACAACAGCAACAACAACCUUACUAUGAUGAUAAUCAUGAAUAUUUUUAUCAAAAGAAACAUAAUACAAGUAUGAAUUUAACCGGUGAUUAUCAAUGCUCACCUAUUAAAUCACAUCAUUAUUCUAUGCAUAAUAGUGAAGUGUAUUCAAGGCAGCUACCUAACAUUUACAAUAAUAAUCAAUACAAUUAUUCUUUGUAUUCGAAUUUUCCCAAUGAUUCAUGGAAUCCUAUUAGUAAAACAACAGAUUUACUACAAUAUCAAGCUAAUCUACAUCAUCAUUCACAUACGCCACCAACUUCUAUAUUGAACAUGAAUGAGAGUACAAAUUUGUCUACUAUACCAUUAUCAACAAUGUCACAUAGUUUUAGUUCUACCGCUAAUACUACUACUACCAUAAGUAGUAUAAGUAACCGAAUGGUUAGUGAAUUAAGAGAAUAA